AUGGAAGAAGCGUAUGCAAGGGUAUGCCACUCGGUUAAGGCACACCAGCACGCCAUAAAUUAUAUUACAGAAAUUGAACAAGUUCAUGGCACGUACCUCUUCAUAGCAGUGGGAAUGGUUAUGAUGUCAUUCAGUAUCACGUUAGUCAGGGUAUCCACGAUGAACCCUUGCGUGGAGUUCUACAAGUAUUGCGGUUUCUUGGUGGUGCAACUGGUACAUUUGCUUUUCCUUUCUAUCCAGGGACACUUCGUUAUAGUCUCGCAUGACACGACUUACGAUAAUAUAUACAGCGCUACAUGGUACAACGGUACACCGAAAGUGCAAGCUUUAUACGUGCUAGCUUUGAGAAGGAACUUGACUCCACCGCUGAUUACUGCCGGAGGACUGAUCUCCUUGAAUUUGGAGACUUUCGCGGAGAUCCUCCGUGAACAGAGUAGAAAAUUGGACCAAAUCGUGAAGCAAAAUCUGUGA